AUGGACAACGAGUGGCCCAGCGAAUUGCAGGACUUCGUGAAGUACCUGACAGCUUUACCACGAAAAACAGGUGAGGUUGUCCCGGUGUCUCCAGUGAAAAUCCCAGAGCCGAUCCCGAGCCCGGAUCUAUCAGCCUUGGAAGAUCGACUGAAGACCUUGGAAUCGCAGGUGUCUACGUUGAGGUCAGACUUCCAGAAAAGUUUGGAUGAUGUGGUCAAAGUUCACAAAGCAAGCUCCGCAGCAGCAGACGCAGUCUCCUCGUUGCGAACCAUUGUGCCAGUGUCGCUUCCACGAGACUUCAAGGAUUUGCGUGAAGCUGUGAAGAAGUUGGAAGCAGACACGGUCACUGCCCAAGAUCUAGCUGGAAGGUUGCAGCGACGUUUGGAUGAUGAGGUCUCAGCCACUCGAAAGGCAUCUGUUUCCCUGGAAGAGAAGCUGGAAGAGCUCUCUACUCGCAUGAAGGAGACUCGAAAAAUUGAAGCUCCAGGUCAAGGCUCUCGGCAAUUAAAGCGCCAGGACAGCCUUUUACAAGUGCAAGACCAAUGCAGCCAGCUCAGCACCCGAAUGGGGAAGCUUGAGGAAAUGGUGGCUGGACAAGGCAAACAGCUGAUGUUGCAGGCAGACGAACAACGAGAGGUCCACCAGCGUCUAUUAGAGGUGCGCAAAGAGGCUUUGGAAGGUCUGACACAACUGGCAAGUCUCCAGGACGGCUUGCCUAUGACACCACCUGAGCAGUAUCGUGCUGUAGCAGGCCAAGACUCACGUGUUGUGCGAUCGUCUGCGCCAAGUCAAAGUCAGCUUCAGGACCGAUCAAGCAGCGAUCGAGGUCUUCGCUCCUCCCCAGGUGGCAUGCGGAAGUCAGCACCUUCCGGCCAGCCCAAGCUGAAAUGGCCCGGAGGUCCGAUUCGGACACCAUCCUCCUUACCGCGGUGA